CCCUCACUGACGUGUUCCAUUCGGGCAUCCAUGGACUGCCACCUCAGCCCAGCAGGCUGCCAUCCACUCCACAACCAACGCUUGCUUUCUGGGUGGCUGGCUGGAAUGGCUCCUCGCCUCCUCCCAACCAAAAAUAUCUUUCUUCUCCCAACUGCGCCAAGGGUUCUUUUUUCUUUUGCGAGGAGGUGUUUGGUUUCUUAUUGGUACCUUUUUUGCGAGGAGGUGUUUGGUUUCUAAAAAAAAUUGCAGAUUGUAGCUGGUUACAUUUCCGGAACAACUGCAGUAAAUCCUGGCCCAAAGUAAGUACUAUACAAUAGAUUUUGUACAAAUCAAUCCGAACAAAGAGAGAAGGUUUUGUUUGUGGGGUUCUCUUGAUAUUUUCUCUCUCCUGUCUUGUUGUGCCGGGCCAGUUUCUUCUGCAGCUGCAGUGCUUGAUGCUUCGGUUUCUUCCACGACUAGCCAAUGUCUCCCCUUGCUCUCUCAGACAUCCCCUCCUCUUCGUCCUCUUGGCCUAACCUUCCAGUAGCCUUGGUGGUUCGUCAGAUCUGGAUGGUGCCCUUCCCUGUUACUACCAGAUAGAUAUUGCAAGGAUCACUGUUCCAGGCAAGAACAAGUGCUGAGAUGAGCCUUGAGGUGUCGUCUCAUAUCUUUCCCUAAGCUUGUGUCGAUGUCUGCAGCUUCGGAAUUUGUGGGAUUUGCUCCAUUUCUCCCUUGUUCAAGGAUAGAAAUGCGACAGAGAUCACCCCAAUUAGUUCUUUCUUUCUUUCUUUCAGCUCAUAUUCACGCAGAACAGCGUUUAAUUCGAACCAAUCUAUCGAUUUCUAGUCCUAGUCCCCUGGUCCUUCCUCUGAUAUGUGGGACAGCUAAAGUUUUGGUCUUUCCGAUGGCGGAUAAUGCUGGAGUGGUCGCCAGGUUUUGAUAUUUUUGUUGGUUGGAAUCGCCGCCAUUUCGGACUAACCAAGGCCACGCUAAUCUCCUGCUUGCUUGACGCUACAAUGCUGCCAAGAUUAUAGAUUGCGCUAAUCAAAUGCUGAACUGGACCAGACGAUGCCUCCAAGAUUCAGAUGCUCGUCGAAACGCCAUUCCCCCAUCGCCAUGCGAUGGCUCCUGCUCUUGGUGCUUGCUACCGCGCCUACCGCCGCCGGCGACGCGGGGUACCCGCAUUGCGCCUGCGACAGCGGAGGCGGCGGCGACGGCACUGGAUUCUGGACCUUGGACAACAUCUUCAAGUGGCAGAAGGUUAGUGACCUGCUCAUCGCGGCGGCCUACUUCUCCAUCCCCCUCGAGCUCCUCUACUUCGUCGCGGGCCUCCGCCACCUCCUCCCGUUCCGGUGGGUGCUGGUCCAGUUCGGCGCCUUCAUCGUGCUGUGCGGGCUCACCCACCUGCUGGCGGCGUUCACCAACGAGCCCCACCCGUUCAUGGCCGUCCUGCUCCUCACCGCCGCCAAGUUCCUGACGGCUCUGGUGUCCUUCCUCACCGCCAUCACGCUGCUGACGCUCAUCCCUCAGCUGUUGCGCGUCAAGGUCCGGGAGAGCCUGCUCUGGAACAAGGCCCGCGAGCUCGACCGCGAGGUGGUCCUCAUGAAGCGGCAGGAGGAGGCAAGCUGGCACGUCCGCAUGCUCACCCGGGAGAUCCGCCGCUCACUCGACCGCCACACCGUGCUCUACACCACGCUCAUCGAGCUCUCCAGAGUGCUCUCGCUCAACAAUUGCGCCGUCUGGAUGCCCUCCGAGGACAAGUCCGCAAUGUGCCUCACCCACGAGCUCCGCCGGGGCAGCGACGGCGAAGCUGUUGUCAGCGCGGACGACGCGGACGUGCUCCAGGUCAAGAGCAGCGACGGCGUCAAGCUGCUCCCGCCGGACUCGGUCCUUGGGUCGGCCAGCGGCAGCGGCAAGGAGGGGACCGGCACUGUGGCCGCGAUUCGGAUGCCGAUGCUCAAGGUCGCAGACUUCAAGGGCGGGACGCCGGAGGUGAUCCAGACGAGCUACUCCGUGCUAGUUCUGGUGCCUCCCAGUGACAGGAACUGGGCACCGCACGAGCUGGAGAUCGUCGAGGUGGUCGCCGGUCAGGUGGCCGUCGCGCUCUCGCACGCCUCACUCCUCGAGGAGUCGCAGGCAAUGCGCGACAGGCUGGCCGAGCAGAACCGCGAGCUGCUGCAGGCGAGGCGGGACGCACUCAUGGCGAGCGAGGCGAGGGACGCGUUCCAGCACGUCAUGAGCCAGGGAAUGCGGAGGCCCAUCCACUCCAUCCUGGGACUGGCGUCCGUGGUGCAGGAGGAAGGCCUGACGCCCGAGCAGAAGCUUGUAGUCGAUACGAUGGCGCGGACAGCUACCGUUGUCUCGACGCUCAUCAACGAUGUCAUGGAGAUGUCCGCCGUCAACGAGGAGCGCUUCCCGCUGGAGACGCAUCCAUUCCACCUGCACUCCAUGAUCAGGGAUGCCGCCUGCGUCACGAGGUGUCUCUGUGACUUCAGGGGGUUUGGUUUCGCAGUGCACAUCGAGAACGCGCUGCCGGACCUUGUCAUUGGCGACGAGCGGCGGAUUUUCCAUGUCUUGCUGCACAUGGUUGGCAAUCUGAUUGGUCGUAUUGAUGCGGGGAAUGUCACGUUCCGGGUGCGCGCUGAUGAUGAGGCGCCCGAGGACAGUCUUGUCCAGAGGUGGGAUCCAUGGAGGCCAAGCUACUCCAGUGGGCACUCGUCGGUUAAGUUUGUUAUUGGGGUGAAGAGGCAGCAGAGUGCUGACUUAUCAAGCUCUCUCGCGCAGUUCUUGCGGAAGCCAAGUGCCGAGGGGUUUGAUCUCAGGCUCAGCUUCAGCAUGUGCAGGAAGCUUGUGCAGAUGAUGCAAGGAAACAUCUGGGCAAUUCUUGAUGGCCAAGGACUCCCGGAGAGCAUGACCCUGGUCCUGAGAUUCCAGCUGCAACCCUCUCUCUCGAGUUUCAGCCUCGGUGGAUCAUUUGAUCUGCAAUACUCAUCGCCAUCAAGCCAAAUAGCAGGUCUGAAGGUUCUGCUCAUCGAUGACGAUGACAUCAACCUAGUUGUGGCUCGGAAACUCCUGGAGAAGCUUGGCUGCAUAGUUUCCUCGCCCCCCUCAGGUCCAGGAUUCAUGAACUCCGUUGGCCCCUCCUCUACCUCAUUCCAGCUCGUCGUGGUGAACCUUGGAAUGGCAUCCGUAAAUCCGUUGGAUGUUGCCUCGAGGAUCAGGCAGUACAGGAGCGUGCAAUGGCCUUUGGUCAUGGCCAUGACAUCCGAGAAAAAUGUUUGGGAGAAGUGCGCUCAGUCAGGGAUCAACGGUGUCCUGAAGAAGCCGCUUAUUCUGCAUGAAGUUAAAGAAGAGCUCACGCGAAUUCUUCAGAACUCAUGAUGUUUGCUGGUUUCUUUUUGUCUCCUUGUCCAGACCUCUGAACUCUGAAUUUGGCGAAAUCUGGCAUUGCUGUGACUGACAAUGAAUACUACCACACCGUCCAGCAUAGCAGACGGAAGAGUCUGAAAGACCUUUGGUAGAAAAGGUCGCAUUGACGCCGAGAACACAUUGGCUAGCCUAUUAAGGGUUUCUGGUGUGCUGGAGUACUGAAGACUUGCCGGGGACCUCCUCCUUCAGUAAGUAGUGGGCUGGUGGCAAUGACAAUCAGUAGAUGGGAAGUGCCUGAAAAAGAGUUUCUGAUAGAAACUUAGGUGAUAUGUAAUGAUCAGUACCGGCAAUAAGACUGAAAUUUUGUUACUUAGCUGACCCGUUUAAGGGGGGAAAUGCAGAAUUGUAUUUAGGAAGUGAAGAUUGACCCAAUUUGGGAAGCAGAAAAACUAUCUACAAUGAUGUAUUUAUCCUCCUAUGAGCAAAUUAUUGAUCUCAGCCAUGCAUAUUGGACUGCA